AUGAGGAUAAGAUCAAAGAAAUGGUGGUGGCCAUUAUUCACACAGGUGAUAGAUACCUGCAUAGUAAACACAUGGUGUACAUACCAAGUUGCUAACUCUAAUGAGAAGCUCUCACUUUUGCAUGUCCGACGGAGAAUAGUGAUGUUUUACCUAUCAAAGAAAACAGGAUCAGUACCAAAACGCAGAGGACCACAAGGAAGCAAAUUCAUGGGAGGACGGGUGAGCACAGAUGUACGACUAGGUCCAGGAAAUCAUUUCAUUGUGCCAAGUAAAACACAGAAGAUAUGUGCUUACUGCAAGAAAAAAACAACAAAAAUUUGUGAUAGGUGCAAUGUUGGUGUACACGACAAGUGUUUUGCUUCAUUUCAUACUGAAUAG